GGGAGGGUCUGGGAGGGAGGACCGUCAGUGGUUGGAGCCGUCGUGCGUUGUGGUGCCGGUGAUGUCCCGAGGAGCGCGCGGCUUCCCGGUGCGUAAAAACCGCUCCACCUGAGAGAGAUGCGCGUCUCUAACGUCUCUAACGUCUCUAACGGCUCCACGGCUCCGGGUCACACACUCUUCUAUUUUUAACACACAGCUCGUCAGAUAAGAAGAUGGACCCUCUGUACAACAGCACCGACGCUAACGACACUAACGGGACGAACGGCGGCGGCGACGACUUCAACCAGUUCGUGCAGCCGGUGUGGCAGAUCACGCUGUGGGCCGUGGCGUACUGCAGCAUCGUGGCGGUGUCGGUGGUCGGUAACGUGGUGGUCAUCUGGAUCAUCCUGGCGCAUAAACGCAUGAGGACCGUCACCAACUACUUUCUGGUGAACCUGGCCUUCGCAGAGGCCGGCAUGUCGGCCUUCAACACUGUGAUUAACUUCGCCUACGCCGUUCACAACGAGUGGUACUUCGGGUUGGUCUACUGCCGCUUCCACAACUUCUUCCCCAUCGCCGCCAUAUUCGCCAGCAUUUACUCCAUGACGGCCAUCGCUCUGGACAGAUACAUGGCAAUCAUCCACCCCCUGCAGCAGAGGCUGACUUCCACAGAGACCCGUGUGGUGAUCUCUGUGAUCUGGAUCCUGGCUCUGCUCCUCGCCUUCCCUCAGUACUACUACUCAUCCACCGCCGUGCUGCCUGGACGUACAGUCUGCUACAUAGACUGGCCUGAAUACACCACAGUGGACUUCAAGAAGAUAUAUUAUGUGUGCGUGACACUGCUGAUCUACUUCCUGCCCCUUUGCAUCAUGGGAUGUGCGUACACGACGGUGGGUGUCACGCUCUGGGCGAGUGAAAUUCCCGGAGACUCCUCUGAACGUUACAAAGAGCAGCUCAUUGCCAAACGCAAGGUGGUGAAGAUGAUGAUCGUGGUGGUGUGCACGUUCGCCGUCUGCUGGCUGCCCUAUCACGUCUACUUCUUACUGCACCAGUUCUUCCCCGAUUUAUUCGAGCAGCGCUACAUCCAGCAGGUCUACCUGGCCGUCAUGUGGCUGGCCAUGAGCUCCACCAUGUACAACCCCAUCAUCUACUACUGCCUCAACAGCAGGUUCAGAGCCGGCUUUCAGCAGGUGUUUUGCUGCUGCGCUCCGACCGUCGGCAAGGAGGAGCUGGAGCUCAAAUCACCGCGCUACCUGCAUACACAGGUGAGCAUAUAUCGAGCCAGUCGGGUGGAGACCGCCGUGUCCACGGCGAUCCAUCCUGCAGCGGGGGAGCAUAAGAGCGCAGAGCUGCCGUCCUGUUACCCGCACAGCCGGCCUCCUUCUGAGGUCACGUCUAACGGAUCGGGCUUAGAGACGUUCGCCAAAAGCCCCAACAGUUUGUCACAGUAGAGAAAACACCAUCAGGUGGUGGUGGUGGUGGUGUUGGUGGUGUGGGAAAAAAUGUUGCCGCGUGACGAGCAGCGCCUCAAACGUGCCAUCGGCUCACUGUCAUCGUACUGAACGGGGAGUCGUGCUCGGAUGCUCGGCUACUGUGGUUCUGGUCAAGUGCAUUACUCAGCCGUGAUAUGUUGUUUUAACAGUCAAAGUGCAUUAACGCCUCACAGAUGCCUGGAACGUCUGCGGGUGGAGCACUCAAACGUAACAGAUUCAUUAAAGUAACAAUUUAAGUGCUCAAAUAAUAUAAUAGUUUAUGAAAUACAGUUCAGUAUAGAGCCCCAUGUCAUUUAAGUGACUGUUUUCAGUGUAAAGAGUGAAAAGUAUGGAAGCCAACACUGUGCACGUAAUUCAUUUUUUAAUGCCGUUAUCUCGCAAGAGUAUAUCACGAGUUAAUUAUUAAGUUAUAUCAAGAUAACAAAGCUUGUUUUCUCGGGUUAAUAACGGGGACUUGAGAUAUCAUCAUGAGAAAAUGACUUGUCGAGAUUUGAACCCAGCAGUGUCCAGUCUAACAGUGAACACAGCGACAGAACCUCUGAACCAGCAGUGUCCAGUCUAACAGUGAACACAGCAGCCUAUCAGCUGGUUUUCUUGCCGGGUUUGGAUCCUGGCAUCCCGGGCUGAGUCAGUUCAGUUAGCUACACAGCUGACCACAGUUAGCGGCUCACUACUUAUAAAUGUUUCCAUCAUAAAGUCUGUAAAUCAGCUCGGUACUGUAAUGUUAUUUCCUGUUGGUCUCAGAGGCUGCUGAGCCCGGUUCUGUUAACACGCUAAUGGCAGAUUCAGAUUUGAAUAAAGCUCUGUGGUUCUGGUUCUGUACAGUGAUCAGUGAGGCCCGGACAGAGAUGACUGUAGCCGCCCUCAAGUCAAGUCAAGUCAAGUACCUAAUGAAAACAAAGACUUAUGUCUGAAGUGUUUCCACACCGCGGACGUGAACCUCAGAUGGACGCAGUGGAAACACGGCAGUCGACCGUUCAGUGGCUCUGACAUUUAACCCCUUAGCAUUCCCGGGCUGGUUUUGGAAGGCGUGGCCGCGCCCUCGGCCUCCCCUGGUAACAGUGUCACUUCAAGUGGAGCUGUAUUUUUGUGUGAGACAGAUACAGUGGAUCCAGCACCUGUUGGACAGGAUUAGCCCCUUGUUUUGACAAUGUGCAGCAGCCAGGUCACAGGCCAGCUAAAUAUAGAGGGGGGGGGUGGAGAUACGUAUAGAGAGGGAUUGAUUGAAAGUGCUAGAGGAAAGAAAGGGGUAGGAAAACAUGAUGCUCUCUACAAGCUGAGGCCUUGGGGAAGUUGCUACGUCACCGGCGAGUUAUGCUAUUUGAGCCUCGCAGACGACAGCUGCACAAAUUUAAACAAUGUCCACAUGCAGGACAUUUUCUGGACCGGUUUACCUGAAACAUGAAAGCAGAUGAAUCAAAGUUGAGUUUUAUAACUCCUGAAGUGAAUCUGGCCUCCUUGACAUGGGGGUAGUAAUACAGUCGACCGUCCUGUGGUCAGAAUGAGUAUUACAACAACAAACAAGAAACAAAGAUUGCUUAAUUUUUUUGGUGUGUUUCCAUAUUUUAUGAAUGAAUGUUGAACAUACAGAAUGUGUGAGGACCAAAUACUAUCGCGUGCAUUUAUUGGUUCAGUAUAAACAGAAAAAAUCCACCAUUCACCUUAUGUCCUCAAGUGCUCUGACUCUUAUUUUGUCUUUUGACUUCCUGUCCACACAGGAAGUUGGAAAUGUUCUGUUUAGGUUGACGUCUGGCUGUUUGCGAUCACCUUUACCUGCAUUUUGAUCAGUUUUGUAAUCUGAUGUACGGGAUGAAGUUUGGACAAGUAUCUUGCUGUUAUAAUCGUCAUGGUGACCGGUCAGAUUGUGUUUGUGUUUUAUUGUGUUUAUUUAAAAAAAUAUCAUCAGAAGUCGUCGAAACAUGCCAACAGUGGAGACUCAUCUGGUUAGUUACGCUGUUCUACACUUGACAGUUUUCCAUGACAUGGGAUUAUUAUCGUGUAACGUGAUUGCAAAUGAUAUUAUCAAUAAAAUAUUUAAAUAAAAAUGUGAGAGAAGUUUUAAUUUGUGUUGAUUAAUCACUGAGAUGACUAAUGUCUUAAUAAUGAGAAGUUAAAGCAACCCUCAUGUAAGAUUCUCCAGUUUUAGAGUCGACUGCCACUGAUGGUUGUUCAGACUAGAGCAUGAAACAGGCCUUUAGAAGUCAGGCCCGACCCGUCUGGGUCCGUUU